GCCAAUUCUAUUCAAAACUUUCCUUCUUUUUCUUUUAAUUAAAAAUUGAAUAAAGGAGAAGGUGAAGUAAUCUUUUUCGUCAUCAGAUCACCAACUGGCCUGCCUUUGGAAUACUAUAUUAUAAUAAUCUGGAUCUCUCAAGUGUUAGUUGAAGCAGAUGAAGGUGGCGGGUUGAAUCCUAUUCCUGGGUCAGUGUCCUCCUGCGGAGCACUGCGCCAUAUGUUGUUCUUUAAACAGGAGCCUCCGACAACGUUACGUUGAACACAUGCUUCCAUAGCUCGAUCAGUACGUACCUGUUUCAAUUCUGGUGAAUAUAUGGUGAUGAUUAAGGGAUCGGAAGAACUGAAGACAUGUUUUGACGGGAGGCCGCCGGGGUGAUAUAUAUAAUUAUAAUUAUAUUAUAUUAAAGGGAAUCAAUAUAUAUAUAUAUAGAGAGAGAGAGAGAGAGAGUGUUGAGAUGGGGGGUAAGGAUGAUUCAGGCGCAGAAGAGAAAAGGAGGAAUGUGUUGGUUGGAAUCCGUUUUGAUGGGCAUACUAAAGAGUUGCUAGACUGGGCAUUGGUGAAGGUUGCAGAUCCGGGCGAUAGGGUGCUCGCUAUUCACGUUUCUACAAAAUCCUCCUCAGCCUCAGUAUUAGACGGCCCUAAUACUAAAGAUGAAUCAUACUCCUCCUGGUUGGAAAGUUAUCUGGAUGAUUACGAUGGCUUAUGUACUAAAAACCAGGUUCAUCUUAAAGCACAGGUUUUGAAAGGAAGUUCAACAAGAAAGAUGCUGGUGAGGGAAGCAAAGAAGCAUGAUGCGGUAGCUGUAAUAGUGGGGACAAGCAACCAUAAAAGACCUCUUAUUGGUCGUCUUGGGGGAUGGACUUCCAUUGCUAAAUACUGCGCAAAACAACUCCCCACCUCCGUUGAUGUUAUGGCUAUUCACAAUGGGAGGAUUGUAUUCAGAAGAGGAUCCAAUUCUCAAUACACAGCUGCUGCUGGAGAUCCCAGACCAAGUUUCUAUACAGAAAGAAGUUCCACUGUGGGGGAUAGCCACUCUGAAUUUGGGGAAUCAGAUAUGGGAAGGCUCAGCCAUGAGACAGAGUGUUAUGAGAAUUAUUCACAGGAUUAUGAAAGCUUGUCUAGUACUAGUCCCAAGGGAACACACAAGAAAGGUUGCCUUUCUUUGGCUUCAAUUUCUCUUCCUGUUGUUCAGCUUGCUGAUACGCCCCCCGGAUGGCCCCUACUUCGCUAUGAACCACCUGUGCCUGUGCCUGUGCAUGCCAGAAAGAUGUCUGUGGUACAGUGGGUCAUGACCUUACCAAACCGAUCUUUGAUAGACUUGGAAGGUUCGAGCCCAAAGAGUUCAGAAGAAGAAAAUUGCAGCUUUUCAGAUAAAAAUGAAAGCUGCAGUGAGCUUAUUAAUGAGUUUAAGCUUCUGAUUGAGACAAAUUCCCCAGCCUGCAAAUGGUUCAGCUAUUCUGUUCUCACAACAUCCACUUCUCAAUUCUCUUCAGAAAACUUAAUUGGGAAAGGAGGGUGUAACCAAGUAUACAAGGGAGUCCUUCCUGAUGGCAAACAAGUUGCAGUCAAGAUUUUGAAGUCGUCGGAAAAAGCUUGGAAGGAUUUCAUGCAGGAAGUUGAUAUCAUGACUUCAGUGAAACAUAAAAACAUUGCACCUUUGCUUGGGAUUUGUAUUGAAGACACUAGUGAUUUAGUAUCGGUCUACAACUUUUUAUCCCAGGGGAAUUUGGAAGAAAAUUUGCAUGGGAAGGGAAAGGGAAAAUCUCCAUUGGCUUGGAAAGUAAGGUUGAGAAUAGCUACAGGGAUUGCUGAAGCCCUGAAUUACCUGCACAAUGAACACCCUCGGCCUAUCAUUCAUAGAGAUGUCAAAUCCUCGAAUAUUCUCCUUGGAGAUGAGUUUGAAGCAAAGUUAUCUGAUUUGGGAUUAGCUAUAUGGGGACCCACAAGGACAUCCUUUGCAACUCACAGUGAUGUGGUGGGAACCUUUGGUUAUCUAGCUCCAGAGUAUUUUAUGUAUGGAAAAGUGAGUGACAAGAUUGAUGUGUACUCCUUUGGCGUCGUUCUACUGGAACUGUUAUCAGGGAGAAGAGCUAUUGGAUUUGAGAGUGCAAGGGGGGGUCAAGAAAGCUUGGUUAUGUGGGCAAAACCGAAAUUAGAGAGUGGAGACCUCAAAGGCAUAAUAGAUGAAAAUUUGAAUGUAAAUGGAGAUGAGGCUGAGGUGCAGAGAGUGGGUCUUGCAGCAAGACUGUGUCUUACACAAGCAGCUCGGUUUCGUCCUAACAUAGCCCAGAUACUGAAGAUGUUACGGGGCGAGAAAGAUAGCAGCAAGGGAGAAGAAGAAAAUGAAAAUGAAGAUGAAAAGGUGGAGAUGGAUGAUGAAGUGUAUCCAGAUUCAAGCGUAGAGUCACACUUAAGUCUUGCCUUAAUGGACAGCGACGCCAAUCAUUACUCCUCCGCAUCCUUCAGCAGCAGCAGCCCUUACUCUGUAGAAGAAUACUUGAAGAAAAGAUGGAGCAGAUCUUCAAGCUUGGAAUGAUUCAUCGAUUAGCUUUCAUUUCAUUUCUUUUCUUUUCUGUGCCUCUAAUUAAUUUCUCAGAUUCAUUGUUUGAUUGUACAGCAGUAGUAGUAGUAAUAAUGUACGGAGUAGUAUAGUUGCAUUAUAUGUGACACCCAGUCAUGAAUGAGGUGAGGUGAGGUGAUGAUGGAUUUAAGUUUAGAUGUAGACAGACAGCUUCAGUUUUUGUGUUAUGGAGCUUGAGUUAUAUGUUUGACAAAAUAAAUAGUAAAUGGAUAUAAAUGUUUUCUCGUCCUA